AGUCUGUGUGUGCUUUACCCGCGCUCUAUGUCUUUAGUGUUUCCCUGUUUUCAUGGGUGUUUCGCGAUACCUUUCUGUCAUCGAUGCGGAACAGUGGGCAUUCGUGAUAUGUCAACUUUUCACGCUACUUGCAGGCUGUGUAAUGCGAAAAUGCAUACCGCCAUGUGCAGAAAAUUCCAAACGCCGUCACCUUUUUGAGUUUGUCAGCGGAUUUUUGAUGUUGUAUCUUGUUUACGGACCGUAAUAUCCUUCUACUAAUUUCAUCCUUUUAGUCUAGUUAUUCAUAUGUUUGCUCAAGCCAUACCGGCAUACUUGAUGAUGGUUUUUCUUCCAUCAUCUGUUGCUCAGUAUGGCAUUUUAAUCUUUUCAAUGGCAUAUUUAUCUUCAGUACAUAUUCAUAGAUGUAUGUAUAAUCCCCGGCUCGAUAUCUCUGCGGCUUUGAUGGUGCAAACUCAAAAGCUAUCUUCUUUGGCUUUUAACAUCGGUGAUGGAGUAAAGUUGUCAAAAAAAGGAACAGUUGACCAAGACUACCACAAGCUUCAUGCCGUUGAACGCCGACCUCGUCUUCUCCAGCUGGGUGGAUACUUAUUCUCAUUUCAUAACGUAAUGAUUGGUCCCUUCAGUUUUUUUGCUGAUUAUAUGAGAUUUAUUCAGGGUCAAGAAUCAGAACAGCUCCUCAAUGAAACUGAUAAAAAGCGAUUUGAGGACAACAAGGAGGCGAUACUUUACGCUAAAGCAGAGAAAUGGAAACAGAUGAAACUUCUACUACUUCAUGGUAUAUUACUCUUAUGGUCCUUUAAUAGUUUUAAACCAGAGGCAUUUUUGUCCGAAGAUUUUGCAAAAAAGAAUUACUUUCAAAAAUUUAUCUACUUAUCAAUCGCUUGUUUUGGUUUUCGUCAAAAGUUUUAUUUUGCUUGGACUCUUAGUUGUCUAUCAAAUUUAGUCGCAGGUUUUGGAUUUUCUGGAUUUAAUAAUAAAGGCGAACCGGAAUAUCGUCUGGCUACUAAUAUUUACUUUUUGCCUAUUGAACUUGGUACAAGUACAAAAGCAAUCAUAGAUUCUUGGAACACAGCGACAACACGUUGGUUACGUGAAUGUAUAUAUGAUCGUGUACCAAAACGUUAUGCUGUUUGGGCAGUUUUCGCUGCAUCAGCUAUGUGGCAUGGUUUCUAUCCAGGUUAUUAUCUAGCUUUUGUAUCUGCAGCUCUAAUCACAGUGGCAGGAAGAGUUUGUCGAAAAUAUCUUCGACCGUAUUUUCUUCGUUCAUCCGGAUUACAUUGUUUCUAUAAUGUACUAACUAAUAUAAGCGCUAUGUUAUGCUUAAAUUAUUUGGGUGUAUCGUUUCUUCUUUUGACUACUGAUAAAGUAUUGCAUUUUUGGAGACAAAUGCGCUUUAUUGGACAUAUUGGACCAUUGGCUUUAAUUAUUGGUCUUCCUUUAUUAUGUAGUAAACCAGGGGAAAUAUAAGAAUAUACUACUGAUUAAAUAUGACAUUUUAUUUUUUAAAAAUAAAAUUUUUUAAAAAAUUAAUAUUUGUCAUUUAUUAUUCACAAAUUUACUCGUUACUAAUAGAGUUAAAGAAAAGGGUCAAUAAAGCUGAUGAAUCAUAUUUCCUUUCUUACUGUUCUUCUUCUUAUUCUGUCUUUAUGAAGAACAAAUGCAGGUUUUUGUUUGAAUAUUUCCAUAUCUAUUAUUUUUAUUGAUUGCUUAAAGCAAUUCUGUUUUCAAUCUCAACAUAUCUGUUGUUUAUUGGUAAUGAUAGUAACACUAUGUUCACUAUUACUUAUUAUUAACAAUAAGCAUAUGAUUCCCCCCUCCCAAUAUACGAACCCUAUACACGCUCAUUUUAUCAACCGAUAUUACUUCACACAUCAUAUUACAUUUAUCAUUCUUAUUAGUAGUAAUAUUAAUGGGGUUGCCAUUAUUACCACCAACCCCUCCCCCUCAACUACCCAGCGUUUUACAACUGACCUCAAAACGAUGUUUGUUUGGUUUUACUUAUUUUUUUUUCAUCCUCUAUUAUCCAAAAAAUGUAUGUUUACUAUUUUGUUAUUAUUUAUCUGUUUAAGUUGUGGAAAAAGUGUGUGUUUCUGUGUAAAAUUUAUCCGCUGAUAUUCAUGUCAAACAACAUUUAUGUACUAUUUUGUUAUUAUUAUUUUUCUUUUCAUGGUAACACUAUACUAUUUAUUUAUAAAACUGGCAUUUGAUAAGAGACAAGGGAGUAUAUAUGUGUUUUAUAAUCAUUAUUAUUAUUAAUAUUGUCCAUAUGUCAAUAAAUAAAAAAAGAUGUGAUACAGU